UCAAGGGCCUCCUUUCACUGAGGCCCUCGGACAAUAUUUCUUAUUUCCCAUCUGGCAGGACAAUCCCACCCCCUGUCACCUCAUAGCUCUAUAUAAGACCGAAAAAGGGCCAGAUGAUAAGAACUCGCUCUCAAGACAAGCCUUGCCAUGCGGUGUAAAGUCCUCGUCCAUGUCGUCCUCCUGACUCUCAUAAAGAAUGUGUCUCCAAGUGAAAUACAGGCCAGCCCAAAUACAAACGCAAUCCUCCCCUGCAACGUGACGUUCCCCCUCUCUGCAACAGGGGACAAAAUAGACAAGUCUCUCAUCCAAGUCAGCUGGAUAAGUAAUGGCUCUGACAUCGCCUCAUUCGGAGAGGGAGUGCCACAGAUAAAGCCAGGCUUCAGUUGGGACACCACUGAUUUCGUCAACGGGGACUUUUCACUGACCGUCCUCAGAGCCGCUCUCGACCUGCAGGGGGUGUAUGAAUGCACAGUCAGCUACAACUCCACAGCCGUGCGCUCCAGCAACGUUACAUUUAGUAUCCUCGCCUCCCCCACUCUCUCUGUCCCUCAGCAGUGGAUGGUGUUAGAAACAGAGAGUCAUCUCAAAUGCCAUGCAGAUGCUUUCUAUCCUCCCCCUGUCUUCUUCUCCUGGACCAGAGAUGGGCAAGUGAUUCAACCUCCCUACAUCGUUGAAGGUGAACAGACUCCAGAUGGGUACUACAUGGCUGUGGGCAACCUGACCUUCUACCCUUCACGCGAGGACCAGAAUGCAACCUUUGGCUGCAAAGUGUCACACAAUGGCAGCGACCGCAAGCUUGAUUUCAUGCUUAAUAUCACCUAUCUCCCUUCUGUGAGACUUUCUGUCAUUCCCUCGCACUCCAACAACAUUCCUCUCACUCUUUACUGUGACAUGGAGAAUUUCUACCCAGAGGAAGUGUCCGUGUCGUGGCUUCAAAAUGGCACAGUCCUCCCUGAGCCCCUUGCCACCGAGCAGAACCCAGAUGGGACCUAUAGAAGUAGACGCUACUAUACUUUGAGUCCUGAGCAGAGGGAGCAAGGUGGGAAGGUGGAGUGUGCAGUUAACCAACCGGGGGUAAUGCAUCCAGUCAGCGGCUCAGCGUACCUAGAGAAACUGGACCCUCGAGAUGAAGCUCCAGUGUUGACUAAAUCAGCCAAAGCAUCUGUGGCCAUGAUGUGUAUUUCUAUUGUACUGGUCUUCCUGCUCUGCUUUGGCUUUUCUUGGAGGAGAAGAGAUGAGAAACAGAAGUCCCUGAAUGUGUCGGGGAUCAUCCUCCCGCCACGCGUGAUCGUAGGUCAAAAGGGCAGGGUGACAGUGAGCAUUGAGGGCAGGAGGGUGGACCGAGUCCAGACUGCAUGGUUCCUCAAUGACACUCCUAUCUCUGACACUUCACUCACAGGAACCUCCAAAGCUAACUUUAACUGCCUCUAUAACCCUCUAACCACCAUCCAUCUGCCCUACGGUCUAACUCUCACCUCUCCAGUGUCGGAGAAAGGCCCUCUGCUGUCCUCCAGAGGCCAGAUGGGUUACUACAAGCUGCACACUCAGGGGCCGUUGCAUUCAUCUGGAAGUGGCAUUCAACAGCUGACCUCCUCCCUCACCUUCAUCCCCCAGAUUUCAACCCACAAGGGGGCGGUGUUUAAGUGUCAGGUGUCCUACGUGGGCAAAGAUAAGAUCGUGGUGGAGAGAGUGUCAGAGAAGUUUACCAUCCUGUCUGCUCCGGAGGUAUCAGAAAUCCAGCUUGCAGAGACACCAAGUGACUCAGAUGUCAUCAGCAUGACCGUCCGGGCGUCACAUUUCCAUCCGGACGUCAUUACCUUCCGCUGGUUCUGCCAGGGGAGCGAGCUGAGCCCUGUGGCCUCCCAGGCCUCGUCCUCGCCUCGACCCAACUCUGAAGGCUUUUUCUCAGCCUUCAGCCAGUGUAAGCUGCCCCGCAGUGAACUGGAGAAGGGUGGCACUAAAGUGUGGGUCAGUGUUCACCACAUCGCCCUGAAGCAGCCCGUCACCCGCGAGACCAGAGGAUUCAUCAAGACGCCGUGUGUGUCCGAAAUCGUCGGCUCCACUUCUUCCCCAGACCAGACUUUGACCCUUGGAUGUGAGAUCACAGAUUUCUACCCUCUGAAUGUGUCAGUCACCUGGCUGAGGCUGAGGGAGGGAGAGCAGGAUGACAGAGAGGAGGAGGUGUUAGAGGGAGGAGAGAUGUGGGGCCCCAUACAGACUCAGCCCGGACUCUACAGGGCCACGGCCAUUCUGAGGAGAAAGGCAGUGAAUCAGGAGAAAAAGGAAAGAGGAGGGAUUAUCUGUAGAGUGGAGCACUGUUCCCUACACGAGCCUAUGGAGAAACACUGGAGAUAUGUUGACAUCGCUGCUCCGUCCAUUCCUCCAUCGCUCUCUGUCUGUUGGAGCAGUGAAGGCGUUGGUGUGUUCUCCGUCCUGUUGAAGGGAGGUCACCCUAAGGCCAAAUUACUCUGGGCAGCAGGAGGACACACUCUCUCACCACUGGUGUCCAACGAGACAGAGGAGAUAGGAGACGACGGGCAGAGGGAGCUGAAAAGUGUGUGUGCCUUGGAGAGAUCCACGAACCUGCCACAUCAGACUAACAAGCAGCUGGAGAGACAGAAGAAUGGACACGCCAUAAAAACAAAAGCAGCCGUCACAGACCCCCACACUGAAGGCAUUGAAUACAUCGACGAACACGUGGAUGGAGAGAAUAACAACAUUGACAGGGACGAGGAGACAAAGUCAGACUUGGAUGAAGACAGUGACAAAGAAAGAGACGAAGACCCGGGAGCACUGCACAUCAACAGAGUGAACUUGAGGAAGGGCCCCAGAGAGAACGAGAGAGCACGUUUGAGAGUGUGCGUGGAGAUCACACACCCCGCGCUCAAGCUUCCUGUUUAUCGGACCUGGACAGAGCCCAAUGAGGAAAUUUCAUCUUCCGCAUGACAGCCCUGAUGUGUGCAAGAGUGCCACUGUAUUUCAUAUAUCCCAUAUAAUAUAUCUAAUAUAUAUCUUUAUAGUAGUAGCCAAGGUAGUCUUUGAUGAUGUGGAUUUGCAUCUACUAUGUUUGGUUUUUAUUUAUUACCUUUUAUUCUUAAUCUGUCACCCAUCACCUUUUUCCAACCUCAUGAUUUUUUAUAAAUGUUCAUAUUUUUGUACGAAUAAUUUUACAAUAAUAAUCUGGUUCUUUUUCCUCAAUCUGCUUUGGAGAAUAAAAUCUAAUUUUUUUUGAA